AUGUCGCCGCCACCCGAGAAGACCGAAGCCGUCGAAGACGAUACGGACGAGGAAAAUAAUGCACGAAAUGGCCAACCAAAGAAGCCUCGCGGUGCCCGGACUCAACGCGAGAAGUCGGAGCGCGAAGAGCGUGACCGGCAACGAGCCGAGGCAGCGAAUCGACGAAAGGGUCGUGCAGACCGGAGAAGGGCUGAGGGUACGACCCCUGCAAAUCCGGGUAAGGAACCUGAAGCUCACGUGGGCGCAGAGUCAGAUCCGUCGGAAGAAGCACCUCCCGCACCACCUCGUCCUGCCGUCAAGCCCAGCACGGAGCCGCUGUCGGCAGUACCGAUCGAAGCACCUCCAUCGUCUGCGCCGACCCCAGACACCCCGCCAGCAAAUCAGGCGGUAGUCGGGAGCUCGCACAAGAAAACGAGCCGCAUCAACCAGAAAAGAGGGAAAGGCCGGAACCAAUAUACCAAGGACCGCGAGGACAACGAAGACACCCCAGCGCGGUCGAUGUCCCGAGACAUUGGAAGAAAUCAGGAUGAUCACACCGGCACCGGCACCACAAAACAAACCCAGGAUCACCACUCCAAACAUGGUGUGAGGAGUAAGGCGAACAAUGCUCACAGCAAAGUGUCGAUGAACGACAUGAAGCGCAGAGUCGCUGCGUUCCUCGACUUUAUAUCGAAGACACAAAUUGAACUGGCGGGUGAGGCACUUCCAGGAUCAAGAAGUAGCCAAAACAGUUCUCAUCAACAAAGCCCGCGUGCAACCACUGCGUCCGACGCACCAAAUACCAGCGUGAACGGCGAGACAAAUAUGGAGGCGAAGGAUUCCCCUGUUACGAGCGCGGCAGCAGAGGCCGGGACGAAGGAGUUCAAGGCGCUUAACUGCGUGGAGAUGAUGGACGUUCUCACUCGAGAUCUCUUGCGUUGGCAGAAUCAGUAUGCGCCCUGA